UGCCCCAACAACAGAAAAGUGGAAGCUUCAUAUUUAGGCUGUUCUUGAAAGAGCCGACCUCAGAAAUUAAAGACACGAAGAAACAUAAUGGGUUCUUUCAUGCUUCUAAACAAGUUCUCUCUUCUCUUCCUCCUCGCUUCAACAGCAUUUCUUUCACCAUCUUUUGCAGGUCGACGAUCCAAGUUUGUGAAACUGGCGAACCAAGUGGAUGCCACUAUUUAUGAGGAAUUAAGCAAGCCAUCAAAGCAGGAUGAAUUAAGCAUGAUCCACGAAAGGCUUCUGCGAGCAAACACCAAAGACUAUGGAAAAUAUGAUCCUGCUCCAGCUCUCGUUAAACCUCCUUUCAAGCUCAUACCAAACUGAAGGGUUUUGGCCAUUAAGGGCUGACUGAGAGUCGAAGCACUAGCUAGCUAUUGUAUAUAUCAUAUUAUAUAUAUUUAAAUAAAUGAAGAAAGAGCUUUCUACUAUAUCUACAUGUAUACACCAAGUUUUGAUCACACCAAAGAUGCGUUACUUUUAUAUAUAUAUAUAUAUAUAGCUUUGUUAGGAGAGAGUAUGUAAGUAUAAUUAAGCUGUGUCACGUCAACUGGUCAUGUUAUUUCCAAAUUAUGCAAUUAACUGUAUACAGAUAUGCAAAAUAAUAAAUGUUGUCUGUUUAUGUCUCUA